AUGUGGAAGAAUUAUAGCGCGCUUUAUUGCUCACCGUUUCACAGUAACAUGGCUCGUUUAUUGAUAGCGGCAAUGACCGCUCUUGUUAUCUCCUGGGUUCAUGGACGAACCGCAUAUAUUCCAGCCAGUAAGUAUUUUUGACAAAAAAUCUUGUAAACAUCGCUUCGUAAACAAUACUUUGUGUCAAAUUUUUUCUCCUUUUUCGGCAUCGAUGGAAAGUAAUUCAGUCAAACAGAUUCCAAAAACAUAAAACCCUUUAGAUGAUGUGCACUGAAUGGUACGCGACAUUGGUUCAAAUAUAGGUAUGUUUGCCUUGUGACAAAUCGCUUAGACACCAUUUGGUGGAACUACUUUUAAAAGAGUUUACAUUUGAUUUUUUUGAUGCUUUUCUUUCACCUUUCCUUUUCAAAUACUUCGUCCACUGUUAUUGAUUUUGGAGGAAAACGAAUAAUGAGAAAAGUUAUCUUUCUUUUCAAAUUUCGCGUUCUAAAAACGAUUUUUAAUCGAAGUCAGUUGUUCUCAAAAAUCAACAAUUGGCUUCUAACUUGGUAGCUAACCAGCCACUCAACAAACCCAUCAUGGAGCUGGCUAUCAAGGGCAGAGGUAAAGCCAGACGGAGUGGAAGAUAAAUUUUUAGAGCCAGAUCAGAAUUUAUCGAUCGUUUUGAAUUUUGUAGAACGACUUGCCAACACGGUAUUUGAUGCAAACAAGAACGACCGCAGCGAUGCACUGGUGGGACACAAAGACCCGUUCUGGGCUCGCAGUGAGGGGGAUGAACUGGAAUACGAUGGAAAUUACGACAGCUCAGUGGAAGAAAAUAAAAGUCCCUUUCAACGUAACUACAGGGUCCCUUACGAAAACGCUGAUGAAGACGUUAUCCCCAGGAGCACCGACAAACACGAAAACAACGAUGGAAUUUUUGAGAUGCGUUUAAGGUCGGCCAGUCAUGAAGGAAUGAACGAUACUCCUUUCAAGCGUGCCCGCAUUCCCGUUCCCUGCUCGAUGUGCUGUAAAAUUCGCAGGUGAGGAGAAUCUUUAUAAUUUAGUUCUGCUUUGUCUUAUGAUGCAGGAAAACACGAGAGGCUUCACAAAGGGCAUAGAUUUGAAGUGCACGGCGAAUGUGACUACCACACAGUAUAAACAUUCAACGGGUUUAUCGUUUGAUUUGAGUGAUCCUCUUGACUGUCUCCUAAUACAUUUUUCUUUUUUUAUUAGGUGUAUUGCUACCUAUGAUUACAUGUGUAACUGUAAGAAGUGAAGGAUGCAGCAUGGAGCCAGCAGGCAUAAUGUAGUUGUUAGCAAUAGGUUGAAAAAGUCACUGAAACGAGCACAAUUCUGUUUUAAGCAUCUUAAAAGUAGUCAUAGGAAAAUGAUACGUUUUUUUUUCUUGUUGGG